AUGCAGUUAACACAUCAGCUGGACCUAUUUCCUGAAUGCAGGAUUGUUGAUCCAUAUCAGAUACUUGUGGCAGCAAACAAAGCAGUUCAUCUCUACAAACUGGGAAAAAUGAAGACAAGAACUCUAUCUACUGAAAUUAUUUUCAAUGUUUCCCCAAAUAACAAUAUUUCAGAGGCUUUGAAAAAAUUUGGUAUCUCAGCAAAUGGCACUUCCAUCCUAAUUGUUUACAUUGAAGAGGGAGAAAAACAAAUAAAUCAAGAAUAUCUAAUAUCUCAAGUAGACUGUCAUCCGAUUUCUCUGAAAAAUCUUCCUGAAAUGGCUAAUAUUACAGAAGUCAAAAAGAUAUAUAAACUUUCCUCAUAA